AUCAAACUCCCUUCCCAUUUCAAAGAUCCAAUCUUUAUAGCCUCCCUCUCUCUCUCUCUCUCUCUCCCUUCUCCAGAGGGAAGAGGGAGCUGAGGAUUCUGCAAGAAGAGAGAAAAGGCCACAUUUUCUUGCAAAAACAAACAUUCCUUGACAAAGGCCCGUUCGAAAAAGAAAGGGGAAAAUCAUACUCCUAUAUUUUCCUCGGAUUUUCAGUUUCUUGAAAGCUUAUGCUCUGUCCCCCAUUUUUCUGGGGGAUGAGAUGAUUGUGUGAUUUCCACGAGUUUUGGUGUGGAAAAUGGGGUCUGUUGGAGGUGGAGAGGAGGUGGUGAGAGGCAAUGGGGAGAGGAUUAAUGUGUCGGUGCGUUUGAGGCCUUUGAAUGGGAGAGAGAUCUCGAGACAUGAUGCUGCAGAUUGGGAUUGCAUCAAUGACAACACUGUUGUUUACAAGAAUGCUAAUGUCUCUGCCUCGGAUAGGUCCAUGUAUCCAACUGCUUACAAAUUUGAUAGGGUGUUUAAGCCUGAUUGCUCGACAAGGGAAGUCUACGAAAGAGCAGCCAAGAACGUUGCAAUCUCAGUUGUUAGUGGAUUGAAUUCAAGUGUUUUUGCAUACGGGCAAACAAGCAGUGGGAAGACGUUUACAAUGACUGGAGUGACCGAGUAUGCAAUAGCCGACAUAUAUGAUUACAUACAGAAGCAUUCGGAAAGAGAUUUCGUGUUGAAGUUCUCUGCUUUGGAAAUCUACAACGAAUCCGUCCGGGACCUCCUCAGUGUAGACAGCACUCCUCUAAGGCUCUUGGAUGAUCCAGAGAGAGGGACGGUGGUCGAGAAGCUCACGGAGGAAACUAUAAGGGACUGGGAUCAUGUGAUUCAGCUACUGUCUGUAUGCGAAGCCGAAAGGCAAAUUGGAGAGACAUCCCUUAAUGAAGUCAGCUCCAGAUCUCACCAGAUAAUUCGACUGACAGUUGAAAGCUCGCCCCGUGAGUUUACAGGCAGUCACAACGUUGGCGCUUUUGCAGCUGCUGUGAAUUUUGUCGAUCUGGCUGGAAGCGAACGAGCAUCGCAAGCUAAUUCAGCAGGGACUAGAUUAAAAGAAGGCUGCCACAUAAACCGCAGUUUGCUGACGUUAGGAACAGUCAUUCGCAAGCUAAGCAAGGGCCGAGGCGGACACAUUCCUUACAGAGAUUCUAAGCUGACGCGGAUCCUGCAAACGUCACUGGGGGGGAAUGCUAGAACCGCCAUCAUUUGCACUAUGAGCCCUGCGCGCAGCCACGUUGAGCAAUCAAGAAACACUCUGCUGUUUGCGAGCUGUGCAAAGGAAGUGGCCACCAGCGCCCAAGUUAACGUGGUCAUGUCCGACAAAGCUCUGGUCAAGUAUUUGCAACGGGAGCUAGUGAGACUCGAGAGUGAGCUGAGAAACUAUCAAUCCAACAUCUCCACACCAAAUUAUCCCUCAAUGCUCAGAGAGAAAGAUCAUCAAAUUGCUAAGCUCGAGGAGAAAUUAAACGAGGUUAUUCUGCAAAGAGACGUCGCUCAAUCACAAGUGAAAGAUUUGUUAGAAAUCAUUGGAAAUGAAGAGUCCUUGACACAGGUAGAAGUGGGAGAGUACCCUCAACUUCGAGUACAAAGAUCACCCGACAGUAAAAUGGAAGAAGAGGAGAGACCUCACUCCUCGGAUGGUGAUGCAAGAACAUGUUCACCGGGCCACAGCAGGACGAGUUCAGAUGGUCAAAUAGUGAAAGUUCCGUGUUUUGAUGAGAGCUUCGUGCUUGGUAAUGCAUCACCGAUGAUCUUAGCUUCAAAUUCCAGCGACAGUUACUCAGAUCACGGUUGGGAGGAGACUGAGAAGCAAAGUAACGGAACGUUGGAGGAGGAUAUGUGCAGGGAGGUCCGUUGCAUUGAGACUGAAGAGUCGAGCGCUACAAAUGGCAAUUCCGUAUAUUCGGAAGAGGACACUGAAAUCCCUCCAGUUGAGGUAUAUGAAAAUGGACAUACGCAAGGCGUGGAAUCAUCGUCAACUCCUCUUGAAAACAAUGGAAUGAUCAAAGAGAAUGACUGUGCAAUGGAGGAGCAGUCACAGGAACACGAAGAGAGAGGCUCGUUGUAUCCUCCAUCCAAGGAAGCGAGAGAAUUUAGCUCGAUUCAUACACCGGAUUUCUCAUCUCAUGCUACACGUGGUCUGGAUCAAGACUCACCCUUAGCUACCUUCUUCAAAUUGACUAAGAGCAGAAGCUGCAGAGCAAGGAUUGCUGGCUUGAAUUCGCCUUGGCUCGAUUUUAGUGAGAUCACUUCUUCGAUUGGAUCAGAACGAGGGUACGUGGAUUUUGAUAAGAAACAGUCUCCACUGAUCUGUACCCCAUUCAUUCGAGAAAUAUCAAGGAAGGCUUCCCAGUGCUCACCCGACACCACUUUUGAUAUCGAGAUGGAUCCAUCCCAAGACAUGCAUUCCAAGAAUCAGUCCGAUGAAUCUCCAAAGAGGCGCGUUAAAGAUGUUGGUUCGGAUCCCAUCGUGGAUGAGCGCAGAGGUCUUUCAAAUUGGCCUGUCGAGUUCAGGAGGCUCCAACAAGAGAUAGUCGAGCUUUGGCACGCUUGCAACGUCUCGUUGAUACACAGGAGCUACUUCUUCAUCCUCUUCCGAGGUGGCGAUGCUUCAGAUGCUGUAUAUAUGGAGGUGGAGAUAAGGAGGAUGAAGUUCCUCAAGGAGAAAUUCUCUCGAGGCGAGAGCACCAUCGUCAACGGACAAUGUCUCACUCUGGCUCUAAGCCUAAAGGCGCUUCGCGAGGAGAGGCGAAUGCUGAGCACGAGGAUGUCAAGGAAGCUGUCCGAGCAAGAACGGGAGAGCCUCUUCCUGAAGUGGGGAAUCGACCUCGACACCAAGCUCAGACGGCUGCAGCUAUCCUACCGUGUAUGGACCAAGACGGACGACAUGGACCAUGUUUCCGACAGCGCAUUCCUUGUAGCGAAGCUGGUGAACUCGACGGAACACGGGCAGACUCACCACAAAGAGAUGUUUGGCCUCAACUUCACACCACGGCACCCGACAAGAUUCCACAACAGCUUUCGACGGAACCUGAUCUCGUUCCUGUAGAUCGAUUUUCGAGUCGUUCUCUCUACAUUAUAUGGAUUUUUGGGAAUGGACAUUGAAUUUUUACCAGGCUAGGCAAAUGAUGGUUGGUGUAAAGUUAGUAACUUACUACUAUUUUGACUCAUAGAAAGAGGGCUUGAAAUAACUAUGGAGUAUGUAUGUAGAGCCAUUGAUGAGAUAUAAUUUUUGUAUAAAUUUAUUUUUUGUUGGUAAA